AUGGAUGAUACGGCAGACGUUUGGACCGAGGUACUCGAAGAGAAGAAAGUGGCACCGCCGACGGGCCCACAAGUUGCUUCCCACGUCUUCAGCGCUCCCAUGCCCAAGGCUUCGGAAGAGCUUGAAAGUAUGAUGGGAGUUGCAAUGCCCCAAUUGGAAUCCGGCGCCAGAAAACCAGCUGGCGAGGACAUGAACCUGUAUGGGCUGCUAGAUAUGGUACCCAAAGGGAGAAAGCUCCUGGCCGAGCUGCUCUCGGGUCCUCAUACAACCGGUGAUGUUUUCCAGCACUACGAUAAGAGCGCCAUUCACAGGAAACUGGCCGAUAAAGUCGACCAAUGGAUUACUGAGGAGGAGGCGCAGGGGAAGGAAUCUAACAGGAACCUUGCAGGGCUUCGCGGUGAAUACUCUUCGGCUAUUUUUUCCUGGAGCUCUGCUAACAAGAACAAGGAAAGGGUUGCAUCCGCCGGCAAGAAGAGUGCUUCUCCCAGUACUGGGUCGCAGAAGACUGUUAAUGAGCAGUUAUACAGCAAAGCUUACGCAGCAAUAAGCGGGCUUAUUGCACAGAAAAGGGACGAAGAGCGGAGGAGAGAAAGAGAGAGAGCGGCCGCCUCCAAACCGCCUGCAUCACCAGCAGUCUUUAAAGCCGACCCGCUGCAAAAAUUCGAAGCGCGCGCUCUGCCCCGAGAACACAAGAAAAAGCCCAAGCAGGAGAAGCACAAGCGGUCAAGUAUCCUCUGGUUCUGGAAGGGAGGGCCGCAGAAGAGCAAGGAUCAGGCAGGCAGAUUGCGGGACGAUCAUCGCGACGCAAAGCCAGCUAGUGAGCCUGGUAUUACUAGCACGCCGAGAGCUUCCUCAGAUUCCACGCCACGCCCUAGGAGCGAGUCGCAGACACCUGAAGCAAGCGCCUCUAGCGUCAGCGCUAGCCAGACCCCUCAAACAUACCUUCCUCCAAGUCCACCGCACACCGGCGCUAGUCCUGCGGGGGCCUCCAGCGACGAGGAAUCGCUUUUCGGGGACUUCGAGUCAUCUACAGGACUGCAAGCUGUGGACGCACCAGUGACACCGCCGGUAGCGCCUGAGCACACGGGCACAGGCGCGGCUCAGGCUAUGCUCUCUUUCGCUCCCCUGCAACCCAAGAAAAGAGACAAUUCGUAA